AUACCACAGGUAACGGAAUGUGGAAACGUAACACAGGUUACAGGACAUAGAAACGUAACAAAUGUUACGGAACAUGGAAACGUAGUUACAGGACAUAGAAACGUAGCACAGGUUACGGAACAUAGAAACGUAGCACAGGUUACGGAACAUAGAAACGCAGCCAAGGUUACGGAACCUAGAAACGUAGCCCAGGUUACGGAACAUAAAUAG